AGUAAGUACUCGGGUGUUAUCUAUUCGAGCUUAAGCUUGUUUAUCUUUGAGUUUAAAUUGGGUCGGAAUACCUUACCAUACUGAUAAUUAUUGAUCGUCCGCGACGGGCACUAUCUUGCGUUAAGAGUUUAAAAAAACGUUGUACGCGAUAAUUUAUCUAAUUUUCUAACAUAUUUUCGCUAUCGCAAAGUAAACUACGCCUAUUCCAAUGCAUAGAACGAGGUAUUUUCUAUCCACGUAUAGUCGUAGCAAGGUGUUGGUACUAAAAUUCGAGAAAAUGUACUCGCAAGAUUGCAAACUGAUCGAUAAAGCUUACAUCAACGGAAGCUGGGUUUCGGCUAAAUCCAAGAAAACAUUCCAAGUCGUCGAUCCAGCUACAUGCAAACCGAUCGCAUCCGUACCCGAUAUGAACGUCGAAGACUGCGAACUGGCCGUGAAAAGUGCCGAGGAAGCGUUCCAACAGUGGAAAAAUACUACAGCGAAAGAACGCAGUAUCCUGCUACGAAAAUGGUACGAUUUAUUGGUGCAGAACCAAAACGAACUAGCCAAAGUAUUGACCCUAGAAGCUGGCAAACCACUGAAGGAAUCUCUGGGCGAAGUAUUCUACGGUAACUCGUUCGUCGAGUGGUUCGCCGAAGAAGCUAAACGCUGCUACGGUGAAGUGAUCCCAGCACCGGUCAAAGGCAGAGAAAUGGUAGUGAUCAAACAACCCAUCGGUGUCGUUGGUCUCAUCACACCGUGGAAUUUUCCUCACGCUAUGAUCACUCGUAAAGCUGGAGCUGCGUUGGCUGCAGGCUGCACCUGUGUAAUCAAACCAGCCGAAGAUACCCCGUUCACCGCUCUAGCUCUGGCCGAACUAGCUGAACAAGCCGGUAUACCGAAAGGUGUCAUUAAUGUGGUCACAAGCUCACGCAGCAACGCUCCUGAAAUUGGUAAAUAUUUAUGCGAAAGUCCCGCCAUCGCUGGUAUCUCGUUCACCGGAUCUACAGCUGUGGGAAAACUCCUAUACCAACAAUGUGCCCAAGGAGUGAAACGAGUCAGUCUGGAAUUAGGUGGCAAUGCUCCAUUCAUCGUGUUCUCCAACGCCAAUAUCGAUAAAGCUGUCGAAGGAGCCAUCGCGUCGAAAUUCCGUAACUGCGGACAAACCUGCAUCAGUGCUAAUCGAUUCCUUAUCCACGAAGACGUCUACGACGAAUUCGUUCAAAAACUAGCCGAUAACGUUAAACUUCAGCUAGUCGUCGGUGAUGGUAAAAACCCAUCUUGCAACGUCGGACCUCUAAUCAACAACGAACAAGUCAAGAAAGUCGAAGGCAUUUUGAACGAUGCUGUCAGCAAAGGAGCUACAGUCGUGACCGGAGGCAACAGAGCUACGAAUAUCGGUGAACGAUUCUUCGAGCCUACUGUUCUCACCAAUAUUAAACCAAACAUGGUUUGUUACAAGGAGGAAAUUUUCGGCCCAUUGGCGAUCUGCAUCAAAUUCAAAUCCGAAGAAGAUUGUAUCAAAAUCGCCAACAGCACCGAACGAGGAUUAGCCGGUUAUUUCUACUCCAACGACGUUGCUCAAGUUUGGAGAGUGGCCAGAGGCUUGGAAGUUGGUAUGAUCGGUAUCAACGAAGGUCUCAUUUCCAGCGCCGAAGCUCCAUUUGGUGGUGUUAAAGAAUCUGGUAUCGGUAGAGAAGGAUCUCGUCACGGUUUAGAAGAAUAUACCUACAUGAAAUACCUAUGUUUUGGUAAUUUAUCGUGAAAUUUUUCCAUCUCGCAGAGUUUUAAAUUACCUCCAAAUUUAUAUUUUACUGAUAUGUAAUCCCAACGUUUACGUUUUAAGAAAACGCAGUCUUCCAUUCUGUUUCGUCUUCCUAAAUUAUUAUCUAUUUUGAUGUGUUACUUUUAAACUCGAAGAGUAAUUUUUAAGAAAAUAUAUUACCAGAGCGAUGCUAAGUCAACGUGAAAUGUGACUGUUUAUGAAUACAUUAUGUUAAUUUAUAAAUAUAAUUGAAUUUUUAUAAAUUGA